AGCCCCUGUUUCCCGGCGGGCCCCCAGGCCGGCGCACAAGAUGGCGGCCCGGGUAACCCGGAGGAGACAUCCGCGGCUCGGCCUUGGGCUCUAGCGCGAGGCUAGGGUCCCGGGACAGGCUUCGUCCAGGUGACGGGAGGUCGGGCGGUGCCGUCGGGCCCCCUGGGGUGUCAGGCCUGCUCGUGGCUGCCCCGGGGCCCCGCCGCCUCCCCAGCCCUGCCCCGGGGCGGAACCGAAGGAAGGUUAGGUUCAGCGCCCCGCCUUGUCCCGUCCCGCCUCGCUCCGGGACGGUCGCUGUUCUGUGGCUGGUUCACUGUUAACUUUUACUUAAGCACGUGCAGCCUCCAUGGCUUCGUCGUCGGGCCCGGGAGAGAAGAUUAACAUCCAGGCGGGAGAGACGGCCAAGGCCGGGGACAGGGACUUGCUGGGAGACGACAGUCCGGAGCAAGACAGGCACCCCCAGCGCUCUUGGAGGCAGAAGUGCGCCUCCUACGUGCUGGCCCUGCGGCCCUGGAGCUUCAGUGCCUCCCUCACCCCGGUGGCCCUGGGCAGUGCCCUGGCCUACAGAUCGCAGGGCGUCCUGGAUCCCAGGCUGUUGGUGGGUUGUGCGGUGGCCGUCCUGGCUGUGCACGGGGCUGGCAAUUUGGUCAACACUUACUAUGACUUUUCCAAGGGCAUUGACCACAAAAAGAGUGAUGACAGGACCCUGGUGGACCGAAUCUUGGAGCCCCAGGAUGUUGUCCGGUUUGGAGUCUUCCUGUACACUUUGGGCUGUGUCUGUGCCGCUUGCCUCUACUACUUGUCCACUCUGAAACUGGAGCACUUGGCUCUCAUCUACUUCGGAGGCCUGUCUGGCUCCUUUCUCUACACAGGAGGAAUUGGAUUCAAGUACGUGGCUUUGGGAGACCUCGUCAUCCUCAUCACUUUUGGCCCCCUGGCUGUGAUGUUUGCCUAUGCUGUCCAGGUGGGGUCCCUGGCAGUCUUCCCACUGGUCUACGCCAUCCCCCUUGCCCUUAGCACUGAGGCCAUUCUCCACUCCAACAACACCAGAGACAUGGAGUCUGACCGGGAGGCCGGCAUCGUCACACUCGCCAUCCUCAUCGGCCCUACCUUCUCCUACAUGCUCUACAACACGCUGCUCUUCCUGCCCUACCUGCUCUUCAGCAUCCUGGCCACACACUGCAGCAUCAGCCUGGCACUGCCCCUGCUCACCAUUCCCAUGGCCUUUUCCCUGGAGAGACAGUUCCGGAGCCAGACUUUCAACAAACUGCCCCAGAGGACUGCCAAACUCAACCUCCUGCUGGGACUCUUCUACGUCUUUGGUAUCAUUCUAGCACCAGCGGGCAGUCUGCCCAGACUCUAAGGGGACCAGCUCCCCUCCACCUGUCCCUGUCUUAGAAUGUGCUGAAGGCCAAGAAUCUGAGGAGGGAAGGUGAUUUGGUAAUGAGGAGCCCAAGGAUCGCUCAUGAACACCCACCUCUUUUAAUUACUAUGUUCUUAAAGAUAGUGUUCUGUUUUUAUUUUUGUUUUAUGGGGAAUCUUGAAACCACUCUGGUCCCAGAAGCUGAAUUGGAUGCAUGGCCCUUGUUUUAUUUAUAAUUUCCACUAGAGGGUGUUGUCAGGUCACUUUGAAGUGGACUCAAGGACCCUCAGACUUUGUGAAGGAGCCUCCCUGAUUGGCCUGCCCCCUGUCCUGAAAGAGCCAUAGUAACUGAGCCAAGUGUCCUGAUACCUUAGUCUUGCAGGAUAUCGUAAUGAUUGGUGCCAGGCCCCAGUGACACAGGCAGCACCGGUCUCUUACUCUGAGCAUCUGGGUCCUGAAAUACACUGCUUGAGAGAGAGAGUCUGUCAUUGACAGCCUAAGGUGGCUGGGGGCUUUUUGCCUACAUUGUGAUUCACACACUUUUGUCCUUUAUCUUUCCUUUCACUUAUUGCCACAGUUAAGGAAAAAUGUCACAUCCCUGUGCAAGCCUGGACUGGAAAGGGGAACAAAAGACCCCACCUGAGAAAAUCACUCUGCUUUUGGAUAGAAGUUGGUGGGGUGGCUGUAGUCCCUUUGUAGAAUCCACUGGAAUGACCAGGACUACUAGCCCUUUCAGUAACUGUCAGCAGCCCUGACGUUGUAGAGGCACUGCCAUCCUCGCAGGUGACUUAAAGGCCAGAAGACAUCUUCCCCGCCCCUAUUGCCAUUCUGAACACUCCCCUGCACCCACUCUCCAUUUCUGUUGGGUUCCCAUUUCUGUGUGUCCUGUCCAUGCAGCCUGACUACUUGGGCAGCGGCUUAGCCUCUGGGUCAGGGGCAGUUGCCACUUAACACAGAGCCACAGUUGAACAGACCAGGAACACCAGCUCCUCCACAAGUGGAUUCAAGUACGUGUAGGAAUUGGAUUCAAGUACGUGGCUUUGGGAGAGCAAAUAGCCAAACAGUCGUGACUCUGUUCAGCCAGCACGACAGGCCCUGCCAGGGAAGAAACUAUGUCUUCCUUCUUGAAAACAGAUGUGCGGUAUUGACCCUGCUUCUCCCAAAGGCUUCAGUUGCCGCGUGCACCCAAAAUGGGGUAAUUCCAAUGUUGAUUGAAGUUGCUUUUCAUUUCAUUGUCUGGGAAGUAUAAUUUCUGAACCGGAAUUGCUCCGUUGUGUUUGGUCCAAGACUGAAAUAGAUUGAGGUCAUCAUCAUUAUACAUUUCUGUUGUGAUUAUAUAUAGCCUUAAUGGUAGGUAUUUCAGGAUCUUGGCUGCAGAAAAUGACAACUAGUUCUUAAUCCUUAAAAUCAGGCUUAUUAUGAUUUGGCUCCUUGUGUUAGAAUUGGUCAGUUUACUUGGGAAAAAUAUAUUUUGAAAUUGCAAAAGCUCCUCUAAGUUAACGGUGGCUUGUCUGCAGAUGGCAGAAUCCUUGAAUAGUGCUCAGAGCCCAGUAACAAGGGAAAGGAAGACAGCCCUUCUCCCCUGCUUUUCUCCCCAGCACCAUUUUUGUUUUAUGCCAAGCUUGUGGCGUUUUGGUGCUCAUAGGGGUCCUGUCUUCAAAGGCAAGCUCCUCUGGCUCCCUUACAGAGGCAGGCUAUCCUCACAUGGGGCUCACCCCUGAGGCUGAAAGGCCGAGAGCUUCCUGCGUCCACGGACCAGACCCACUUUUUGUCAGGGUGUGAGUUAGCCUCUGCUCUGUAUUCUGGUGGAGAUUUUAAUGCAUAUUUUUAUAUAUAAAUGUUUCUAAAAGGCCAAAUUUGUUGCCAGGUUUUAUAUUCAGGUCACCAUAAUUUGUAAUACAUCCCCUGAUUCAAUGAAGGUUUUCUUUAGACUUGUUAAUAAAAAGAAAAUAUUUAUCAGUGUG